CGUCCUGUCCACCGCCCCUCACCCUGCUGCUUUCCCAGGAUCUGGACUUGCUUUAGCUACUUUUGGAAUUAGCACACCUUUUAUCUGAUUUUCAACUUUUGUGGAUUGGUGAAUCCUUAGUUGUGAGCUGGUUAAGUAAAGAACAGUCAACAUAUAAGUUGGCGGAGAGGCCCUCAAGAUGUCAGGAUCAGUAACGGUGACGCAGAAGCUGCAGCAGCAUCAGCAGGAACAUCAGCAGCAUCACUUUGAGAGCAGCUUUCACCUGAGCACCAAGUCGUCUGUUAGCCAGCAAUCGUUCUCCGCUUGCAAGACCAGCAGCCGUCGCCUGCAGACCACUGUGAAGACAAAGAAGGGGCAGGAGGUGGUUAAACUGAGCCCACUACCCAAGAGAGCCAAACGCACCUACCUUGCAAUGGACAUGGACAAGGAAGUCAUCGGCUAUGUCAUUCCCGUAUUUAGAGCCAAUCAUGAAACUGUUCGCGGUCUGAUUGAGUCCCACGAGGAGGAUGUCACGGAGGAGGGGAUUAACUAUGUGGCCAUGAGGAACCUGUUUGUCAGGGAGGCCAGGGAGGCUGUGGAGGUCAAAAAGGUGGAGAAGAAAACCAGAACCACGCAUAUCAGGGAAGUGGCCGGACGCAUGGAACUGGGCAAGACUUUGGAGGAGUGGGCAGAGUUCCGUAAGAAGAUGAACCCAGACAGCCUGACACACCUUCCAGAGUUUAUCAUCAAGCCCCGUGGACAAACUGUCUGGGAGGGGAAGACCGUGAAGCUGCACUGCACUGUGGCUGGAUGGCCCAAACCUAGGAUCGCCUGGUACAAAAACAAUGUGCUCAUUGAUGCCAAGGCCAAGCCCGAGAAGUACACAGUUGAGAACAGUUACAACAUGCACUCCCUGGAGAUCAAGAACUGUGAUUUCCUUGACACUGCUCAGUAUUACGCCUCUGCCCUCAAUGUGAAAGGAGAAGCUUCCUCUGUGGCUUAUAUUGUUAUCAAAAGGUUCCAGGAGGGCGCAGAAGCGGGCCCACUCGAUCCUAAACCACAUGGUUUCUGCGCUGAGCACGGUGUCACCUUUAGAACCACCAUCAUUGAGAAAUUUGAAGUGGCUUUUGGCAGUGAAGGCGAGACAAUGAGUCUUGGCUGCACUGUCAUUGUUUAUCCCACUGUGAAAAAAUACCAGCCUGAGGUCGUGUGGUACAGAGACUCUGUCCCAUUGAAGCCCUCUAAAUGGGUCCAAACCCUCUGGUCUGGGGAGCGUGCCACACUCACAUUGGUCCACCUCAACAAGGAAGACGAGGGCAUGUACACCAUGCGUGUCAACACCAAAUCUGGCUUUGACACCUACUCUGCUUAUGUGUUUGUGAGAGAUGCUGAUGUGGAGGCGGAGGGGCUUCCCGUGGCUCCCCUGGAUGUGCACUGUCAUGAUGCCAACAAGGACUACGUGGUGGUGACCUGGAAGCAGCCGGCGGUGGAGGGCAGCAGCUCCAUCCUGGGAUACUACAUUGACAGGUGUGAGGUGGGCACUCACCACUGGGCUCAGUGUAACGACGCCCCGGUGAAGUACGCCCGCUUCCCCGUCACCGGUCUGGUGGAGGGCCGCUCCUACGUGUUCAGAGUGCGCGCCCUGAACAAGGCAGGAGUCAGCCAUCCAUCCCGUGUCUCCGAGGCUGUGGUUGCCACGGAUCCCUCCGACAGAGCCCGCCUCAGAGCUGGCCCCUCAGCUCCUUGGACUGGGAUUAUCAAGUUCACAGAGGAGGAUACCACCGUGGGUGUUGUCCCCGGAGAACCCUCUGAUGUUGUGGUUACUGAGGCGACCAAGAGCUACGUGGUGCUCGCCUGGAAGCCUCCGAUGCAGCGCGGUCAUGAAGGAGUCAUGUAUUACAUCGAGAAGUGUAUUUCUGAGUCAGACACCUGGCAGAGGGCGAACACCGGCAUGCCAGUGAAGUCUCCUCGCUUCGCCCUGUUCGACCUGGCAGAGGGAAAAUCUUACAGCUUCCGUGUUCGCUCCUGUAACUCCGCUGGUGUGAGCGAGCCCUCUGAAUCCACAGGAGACAUCACGGUCGGAGAUAAACUGGACCUGCCCUCAGCUCCUGGCAGUCCAGUAGCCACCAGGAACACCAACACCUCCGUGGUCGUCUUCUGGAGCGCCUCUAAGGAUGUCAAACACCUGGCUGGCUACUACAUCGAAUACAGUGCGGUGGGCACAGAUGAAUGGACACCUUGCAACAACAAACCUGUCAAGAAGACCAGGUUUGUGUGCCACGGCCUGACUACCGGGACAAACAUCGUGUUCAGAGCGAAGGCAGUGAACGCUGCAGGAUACAGCCUGAGCUCCGCCAACUCUGAAGCUGUGGUUGUGCAAGCUGCCAUCUCCAUCUCUGGAAACCCCACCAAUGUGACCCUGGUGGAGGCUGUGAAGGAUUACAUGACGCUGGCCUGGACUGAGCCCUCUUUCAAUGGCGGAGCUGAUAUCCGGGGAUAUUUUGUGGACUACAGGACCGUGAAGGGAGGCGUUGUUGGAAAAUGGCAUGAGAUGAACCACAAGGCACUGCCUGCUCCCUCCUAUAAAGCUGAGAACCUGAAGGAGAACGUAUUGUACCAGUUCCAGGUGCGCGCUAUGAACAUGGCAGGUGUGAGUAAAGCCUCUCUGCCCAGCUCAGUGAUAGAGUGCAAGGAAUGGACCAUUACUUUGCCAGGUGUUCCUGUGGGUCUGCAUGCGCUGGAGGUCCGUGACACCUCGGCCGUGGUCCUGUGGGAGCCGCCUGUAUUCAGUGGCCGCACUCCUGUCAAUGGAUACUAUCUGGACCUGAAGCUGGCCUCUGCUGGAGAGGCAGGCUGGAAGGCUGCUCACGAGAAGGCCAACAAGGGCAAAUACAUGAAGGUGACGGGGAUGAAGGCGGGUGCUUCCUACGUCUUCCGUGUGCGCGCUCAAAAUCUGGCCGGCGUCGGAAAGUCCUCAGCAGCCUUAGGUCCAAUCCUGUCCCAGACUCGCCCUGGCACCAAUGAGAUUUAUGUGGAUGUGGAUGAUGAUGGUGUGAUCUCUAUGGUCUUUGAGUGCUCUGAGAUGAAGGAGGGCUCUGAGUUUGUUUGGUCCAAGAACUACAAGACCAUUACAGACACCUCUCGCCUUACCAUGGUUACUGAAGGGGGCAAGUCCAGAGCCAUCUUCAACAGUCCCUCCCUGGAGGAUCUGGGCACCUUCUCCUGCGUUGUCACCAACAUUGAGGGCUUCUCCUCCAGCUACACUCUCACUGAGGAGGGUCUCAAACGUUUUCUGGACAUCAGCCAUGACCACAAGUUCCCAGUUAUCCCCUUCAAGAGUGAAAUGGCCAUGGAUCUGCUGGAGAAGGGUCGCGUGCGUUUCUGGACUCAGGUGGAGAAAUGCAGCUCCGCCUGCAAUGUGGACUAUGUCUUCAAUAAUGCCAUCAUUACUGACAACAAGAAAUACACAGUGAACUUCAACAAGUCCACCGGAAUCAUUGAAAUGUUCAUGGACUCUCUGGAGGUUACUGACGAGGGAACGUUCACCUUCAACCUGGUGGACGGCAAAGCUAAGGGGACGACCAGUCUGGUGCUCAUUGGAGAUGAAUUCAGGGAGCUUCAGAAGAAUUCCGAGUUUGAGAGGGCAGAAUGGGUCAGGAAACAGGGUCCUCACUUUGUCGAGUACAUUGGCUUCACUGUUACUCCAGAAUGCAAUGUGCUGUUGAAAUGCAAGAUUGGAAAUAUCAAACCAGAGACUGAGAUCACCUGGUCCAAGGACAAAAUUGAGAUUGCAGAGGAUGAUGAGGACGCCGCGAAAAUCGAGAGAAAGGACGGCCAUCUGACCUUUAAUAUCGGAAAGAUCUCCAAGGCUGACAAAGGUGUUUACGAUGUGGUCCUGAGGGACGAGAGAGGCAAAGAUAAGAGCUCCUUCGAUCUGACAGAUGCAGGCUACCAGGCUGUAAUGAACGAGCUGUUCAGGGUUAUUGCCCACUCCUCCUCUGAUAUCAAAAUCGUCAGUACUGAACACGGCAUCAUCCUCUCCUCCUCGGUCACGUAUUACAAUGAGGAGCUGCGUGUUGGAUGGCUUCAAAAAGAUGCUAAGAUUGCCGUCUCAGAGAGAGUUAAGUCUGGAGUCACAGGAGAGGAGCUUUGGCUUAAAAUCAAUGAGCCCACUGAGAAGGACAAGGGCAAAUACACCAUGGACAUCUUUGAUGGCAAGGAUGGUGUAAAGAGAGUCUUUGAUCUGAGCGGCAAGGCAUGGGAAGAGGCAUUUGAAGAAUUCCAGAGGCUCAAGGCGGCAGCCAUCGCAGAAAGAAAUCGCGCUCGUGUGGUUGGAGGCUUGCCAGAUGUGGUUGCAAUCCAGGAGGGCAAGUCCCUGAACCUGACUGGAAAUGUCUGGGGCGAGCCCGUACCUGAGGUGAGCUGGACGAAGAACGACAAGGAGCUGCUGUCUAAUGAGCGCUACCAGCUCAAGUUCGAGCACGGCAAGUUUGCCAGCAUCACAAUCACCUCCGUCACCACGGCUGACUCUGGCAAAUAUGCCCUCCUGGUGAAGAACAAGUACGGAAAAGAGGCUGGAGAGUUCACCGUCAGCGUGUACAACCAAGAGGAGGAGGAGAAGAAAGGCUAAAGUAUGAUGCAGUGAAAUAAAGCAGGAAAGAUAAACGACUGGGCUUUCUCCAAAGCAUUUUACCCCGGCACAUGCCGGUGCACUGAGCAGUUUUAAAUAAAUGAUUCAUACAGCUCCUUCCUCCUGCGUCUUUCAUGUGCUGGGCUAAAGAGCUUUGGGCAUCGCUUGUCGAGGAAGCAAACAGUGGAUGUGAUACAGAGAGGAUAAAUGUUUGCUUUUAGUUGCUAGAUAUGUUUUCUGUCACUUGUGACCCUUUCAGCAGUACAUGUUAUGUUUAAUCUUGGGAGAAUGUUGACCUGUCAUUAAUCCUUGAUUUAGCAAUGAAGGCCAGCAAAAGCAAGACACCGUUUUCUUAAACUAUUACGGUUUUACAUUUGGAAAACCUUUGACCUCUGAAUCCAACUCAUGCCUGAGGUUUAUACACUAAACAAAUAAAGGAAAACACUGAUGUCAUGAACUUC